UGCAUCUUAAAAAAUAUUAAUUUUUUAUUUAGUGACUUUGAAAACAUGGUUAAAGCAAAAAAAGAGGAAGAAACCACAGUUGAAAAUGGUGAUGUUGCAAUUGAUGAUUCAAAGUUGGAAAGGCCGAACUAUGAAGAGCUUAUUACACAAAUGAAUAUUAUAGCAAAACCUCUUGCUAGUAAAAAAAUGACAAAAAAAAUUUACAAGAUUGUAAAAAAGGCGGCAAAAGCAAAACAGCUUCGCAGAGGAGUAAAAGAAGUAUUAAAGGCAAUACGCAAAAAAGAAAAAGGUAUUGUUAUUUUUGCAGGCGACGUAUCACCAUUAGAUGUUUAUUCACACAUGCCUGUUAUGUGUGAAGAAAACAAACUACCAUACUGCUUUGUGCCAGCAAGAAUAGACUUGGGUUUAGCAAGUCAAACGAAAAGAGCAACUUGUGUUGUUUUGGUUAAAAAAGAUGACGCUUAUGAUAGCUCCUUUACAGAGCUACGUGACAGAAUCAAAGAAAUGCCUCUUCCUUUGUAAAAAUGAUUUUAAAAAUUUAAUAAUGCAAUUA